UGUCAGCAUCCCCUUCUUUAUCAGUAAUAUAUGGCGUCCAAACUCCAUACUCUCACCCCAGUGACUGCGAUCCCCAAGGCCGGCUCUCGUCUUGUGACUGCAAUUCCAGAGGCCAUGUCUGAAUAUAAAUACUACACCGCCCUACACUCUCCAUUCUCUACUGCUGCAUUGACACAGCUGGAUCUACGCCAUGUGCACCGGAAAGUGUGCCAAAUGUAUUGGGGGGACCCUGUACCCCUUCGCAGUCAUCUGCAUCGUGGCCAAUGUUUUCCUAUACUUCCCGGGAUGGAGCUUGGAAGCCGCUGAGAAUCCAGGGCUCAAACUGACCACCGAGGUGUCGACUCUCUUGGGCAUCGUUGGAGGUGGAUUACUGGUUCUUAUUACGGCAGUGCAAAUUCAAGCAUCUGGAAGGAAAGGCUGCUGCGGGAACAGAUGGGGGAUGUUCCUGUCCAUCCUGUGCGCUGCUAUUGGACUCACCGGAUCCCUGUUUUGCCUCUGUAUGUGUGUGACGGCGAUACACCGGGGACCCGUAUGUGCCUAUUAUGACUCUGGCUCCAUAAAUACCACUGAUACCUCUAUUCUUGGGAAUGGCAACCUGACCUGGGGACGCCCAUUUGAAAAUGCAUUGCCGGAAUACAACAAUGAAAACUAUAUCUACCAUAAAGAUUCCUGGAGUAUAUGUGUGGAACCCCCCAAUGUGGUGGAAUUCAAUCUAAUCCUGUUCUCUACCAUGUUGGCUGCCAGCUCCUUUGAGGUCAUCCUCUGCGCCAUUCAGCUAUUCAAUGGUCUGUUUGGUGUUAUCUGCGGCACAUGUAACAAGGAGGAGAUCGACUAUAAGGACAUGGACAAAGACACCAGUUCCUAUGCUAAGGACACUGAGUCUAUUCCUGAGAAGAAAGAGGCACUAUGUUGAUGCAUCAACUUUUCCGACAGUGGAAAGAAAUGAAGUCUAUUACCGGUAAUUUCCCACAAUAUGGUUGGAGGUCCUAGAAGCGCAUCGCCUCCUCUGAGCAGAGCAUAGAGCGCCCCCUUUGUGCCAUGAAGAGAGAUACGGAAAGGACCUCACCCCAGUAUUCCCUGUCUGACCAAUAAAUGCUUACUAUAGCAGAAAGGAUUCUGGGAGUUUUUAUUAACGUGU